AUGAAAAGUAAAGCUGCAGUGUACGUUGAGUCUCUUGAAUUAUUUGAAGAAUGUGGUAUUGAUGAAAUCAAACUACAUGUAAGCAUUGAAAAAAAGGGUAAGAAAACCUCUACUUCUAAGUCUCUAAUUAUUAAACCAGUUGAAUAUAUCAAUGUUAUGGAAAAGAUCAAUGCUUUUGUACAAAAAGCACUUCAAAAUGAGAAUAUCAAACCAGCAUAUUACAGUAUAUCAUAUAAAGCAAUGAAUUCACGUGGUCUUUCAAGUGAAUUAGAAGAUGAACUUGAUUUUAAAGAGUUUAUUGAAGAUUAUAAGAAAGUUACUACAGCUAAUAAAAAAAUGGGAAUGAUGGUAGUGAUUGAUAAUUCUACAGAUAAUGAAACAAAAUCAAGUGAAAAGCGUUUAAAGAAUUCUGAUGAUGUUGAAAGUGAUGGAUCAGUUUCUGAGAAAGAAAAGGUAAUAACACAUACUAAAAAGAAGAAAAAAUCUCGUGUUAUUAGAGAUGAUGAUUUAUCAAAAGAAGAAAGAACACAAGCAGAAAUAAUUUCUGUAUUAUGCGAAAAAUACAAGUGUAAUUUACAUACAACACCAUGUUAUAUUCAAGAUAAUCGUCAUUUACAGCUUAAUCCAGCAAGAUUACAACUUUGGGCACGAGAAAUUAUGAAUAAAGGUACUACCGAAGACGUUCCACCAACUUAUCCCACAUUUAGUGCAACAUUAGGCGUGUUAGUUAGCAAUAAUAAUACUCAAAUAUCCACUACUGCACCUGCUACUGCAUCCACUACUACAUCUGCUACUGCAGUACCUGCUGCUGCAUCAGCUGUCCCACCUGCUAAUACACCUACACCUAUUAUUAUUCAAAUGCCACCAUUUCAAUAUCCUUAUCCUUCUUUUAAUCAAUUAGAUACAUCUACAAAUCACAAAUUACCUUCAAUUCAUGAAUUUCUUUUUAGUUUAGAUCAAAAAUACAAUUGUAAUGGUGAAUAUUCUCAAUUUGAAAAUGCUUUUCUUGAAGAAGCAAUAACUGUAAAUUUUAUAAAAGACUUAUCUGAUGAACAAAUGAAAACAUUAGGUAUUGUAAAAAUUGGGUGGCAAAAAAAUAUUAGACAAGAAGCACAAAAAUAUUGA